GUCAUGAGGCUGUAAAUUGCAAAGAAGACGAGCUCUCUUCCCUUCAAAUCCAAUCCCACUGCCCAGCGCAUCUACAGGGGGGAUGCUGCUACAUCAGGAGGUCAUCAGCAUCAAAUUUCAGCCCCUGGCAUCAGCAAAGUGCUACCUGCGGGUGUCCAAUCAAUACGAGCUGUUCUGCGGAAAUAGCGGGAGUUUCGGCAUUCACCAUGGCAUUGGACGAGCUUCCCCCAGCUGGUGACUGUCGCUUGAGCCUGCAUAAACCUCCUGGCAGCAUGGUCAUUGGAUAUCUUUGCUGUAGGAGCUCCCGCUACAUUCUCUGUUGUUGUCCACUUUGAUGCAACAAGUAGUGUUCGUCAUAUACCCUUUCGAAAAGUUAGCACCUGGAACAAUACGCAUUUUGGCUGGCCGGACCGCUUUGCUUAGAGACUCCAGGCAGAUUGCGUCGUGGGGUCUCAGAGUCACCGGGAAGUUCCUGAAUGCAAAACCUACUGGUGUAGGCAAGGUCCCGUAGCAUUGCACUCUGUUUUCUUGAGAUUUUUUUCCCGCCGCUAUGGUGGAUUCUCUACUGCUCGGUAAAUUGAGGAUCUAUCAGCGUUAAAUCGAAGUGGAACCAAGUUAGGGCGUAGAUCAUCAGAUUGAAGUAGAACCAAGUUUGAGUGUAGAUCACCAGCAAAAACGUCAUCUGCGACAAGACGGGAUCAUGGGGGAUGCUCGGACGGCCCCCGGACAGGCGUACCCGUCCGAGCUUGCCAUCCCGUCCCCACCCGUUUCCCCGGUGGUCAUGUCUCCGCAAACAGAGGACAUGUUGCGAAGGAGCAUCCAGUCUGACGACGGGAGCAUGGGACCCGACAAUGUCAUCCCCUACCUCCCUCAGAGCGUCUAUCUCUGCGAUCUGCGGCACAACAUUGGAGUGGAGGCGUUCCAAUCAAGCAUGCAGGGGGACGUGGGGGUAGUCUCAAAGUGGAGGAUGAAGGAUCGGAUGAAAACCAGCAGUGUGGCCCUGGUGUUGUGCCUCAACAUCGGGGUCGAUCCACCUGACGUCAUCAAGAUCUCACCCUGCGCCCGAGUGGAGUGCUGGCUAGACCCAAUGUCAAUGCAGGCGCAGAAAGCAUUGGACCAGAUCGGUAAAAAUCUCCAAGCACAGUACGAACGCUGGCAACCACGGGCGAGGUACAAAGUGAAUCUGGAUCCAACGGUGGACGAGGUCAAGAAGCUGGCCACAUCGUGCCGCAAGAACGCCAAGACGGAGCGGGUCCUCUUUCACUACAACGGACAUGGGGUCCCGAAGCCGACGGCGAAUGGCGAGAUCUGGCUGUUCAACAAGACGUACACGCAGUACAUCCCCUUGUCCGUGUACGAGCUCGAGACGUGGCUGCAGACCCCUUCGAUCUACGUCUUCGACUGCAGCGCUGCCGGAAUGAUCGUGAACGCGUUCUGUGAGCGGCCCGAAUGGGGCCACGGCGGGUCUGCCAUAUCGGCGAUGAAGGAGACGAUCAUCUUGGCCGCAUGCGGCGCCGAGGAGAUCCUGCCUCAAAACGCGGAUCUGCCCGCGGACGUCUUCACCGCCUGCCUCACCACGCCCAUCAAGAUCGCUCUCACCUGGUUCUGCCCGCGCUCGCUGCUCAAAGACGUUCUGGACCGUGACAUGAUCGACAAGAUCCCUGGACGCCAGAACGACCGCAAGACGCCGCUCGGCGAGCUCAACUGGAUCUUCACUGCAAUCACUGACACCAUCGCCUGGAACGUGCUGCCGCGGGAGCUGUUCCAGCGGUUGUUCCGACAGGACCUGCUGGUGGCCAGUCUUUUCCGCAACUUUCUGCUUGCGGAGCGCGUGAUGCGUGCGUCAAACUGCACCCCCGUCUCGCACCCCCGGCUGCCACCCACGCACCAGCACCCCAUGUGGCAAGCAUGGGACAUGGCCGCCGAGAUCUGCCUCUCCCAGCUCCCCCAGCUUCUGGCUGACCCCAACGCCGAAUUUCAGCCGAGUCCAUUCUUCACGGAGCAGCUGACGGCGUUCGAGGUUUGGCUAGAACAUGGGUCGGAAAAGAAGAAGCCACCAGAACAGCUGCCCAUUGUACUCCAGGUGUUGCUCAGCCAGUCGCACCGGCUGCGCGCUCUGGUUCUGCUGGGCCGCUUUCUUGACAUGGGCGCAUGGGCGGUGGACCUGGCGCUGUCGGUUGGCAUCUUCCCAUACGUCCUCAAGCUCCUGCAAACGACCGCCGCAGAGCUGCGCCAAAUCUUGGUCUUCAUAUGGACCAAGAUCUUGGCGCUCGACAAGUCGUGCCAGGUGGACCUGGUCAAGGACGGCGGCCACCUGUACUUCAUCAAGUUCCUCGACAGCCCCGACGUCUACGCCGAGCAGCGGGCGAUGGCCGCCUUCGUGCUCGCGGUCAUCGCCGACAGCCACCCGAAGGGCCAGCACGCGUGCAUCCAGGCCGAUCUAGUUCGCAUCUGCCUGAGCCACAUCCAGAACGCGCCCCCGGGGGAGCCGCUUCUGCUGCAGUGGCUGUGUUUGUGUCUCGGGAAGCUGUGGGAUGGGGUCCCAGAGGGGCAGGAGCUCGCCUGGGGGCUGCGGGGAACGGAGACGGUGGCGCAGCUAUUGGGGGAGCCGCAGCCGGAGGUACGCGCCGCGGCCAUCUUCGCCCUCGGCACGCUGAUCGUCGUGAACGAGAGCACGUCAAUCGCGCCGAGCAUAGCGGAGGAGGACACGGAUGAGGGCCCGGAGCUGACGCACGAGCGUGACGUUGGACGCAGCCUGCUGCCGCUGCACACCGACGGGAGCCCGCUCGUGCGGACCGAACUGGUCAUAGCUUUGGCACGGCUGGCCCACAGCCACAACAAGCAGUUCCGUAAAGCCGCCGCCUCCUUCGUGAAGCCCCCCUCCCACUCCAUGCUCGCUGGGCCCCGGCCCCCCUUCAAUGGCCAUGUCCCUACAACGCGCCACCUGUCCUACGGCUUCUCUCCGACCAUCCCUUUCUCCCCCGGGCUCGGCCCGACUGCCGCGCUUAUGGGCGCCGGGUCGGUUGGGAUCAAUCUACCGGGCGCUCACUCCCCGUCCAGCAUACUCACCCCGACCGUCCUCACCGAGCCCCGCGCGUCGUCCGCGCCCCAGAAAGUGGGACCGGGGAUCCUGCGGGAAGACAGCGAGGCAUUUGGGAACGGCGAGUUGGAAGAGUCGGAGCUGAGCCCGAGUGGGCUGAACGCGCCCGGGUUGAAUGCGCCCGAUGCGAACGGGGCCGACGGGAACGCCCCGACCGCGAACGGGGCGCACCCGAAGGACGAUAGUGCGAUCUACGGGCAGUUGCUGGGCGCGCUGUAUGUGCUGUCAAGGGAUCCCUGGCCGAGGGUGGCGAACUCGGCGCGGCAAACGUUGCGGAUGGUGGGGGUGGAAUUGGUGUCGUCCGGCCCCCCGAUUAGUAACAGGCGGGGAGAGGGCACGUGGCAUGGCCCCGUGACGCAGACAAUGCAGCUGCCGUCGCAUCCGGGGGGGGGCUUGAUACGGUCCACUUCUUGGGCUCAGACGUCAACAGCCGCUAUCGCCUCCGCUGCAGCCGGAAACCUCAGCCAAAAUUGGCGGAACAACCCCACCGCCUCCCCCCCCACCCGCACCCCCUCUUUCCUCCCCCCCACGCCGCCCAGCGCAGGCAUGCGCAGGGUCAGCUCGUCGGGUUUCAUCCCCUCGGUCGCCCAGAACUCUUUUUCGGGGGGGGGACGGGGACUCGGGGAUCAUCUCCCCACCUCCGCAUCGUCUACGGCAUUGGCGGCCAUGGCGACUUCUCCAACAUCUACGCACGCAAUCAAGGACGCGGGGGUCCUUCCACGGUCUACUCUCUUCAGCUGGAGUUGCGGGCACUUUUCUCGGCCGCUGCUAGAGCCGUCUUACGAGGAGGAAGAGGAGGGGAUGCAGCGGCGCGCAGCCAGGGAGCGGAUGGCCCUCGAGGGGAUCUCGACGUGUCAGCAUCUGAGUGCAGGCGUGAGCAAAGUGAGCGACCAGAUCGCGAGCUGCGACACCGAGUCGGAGCGGGAGACGAGGACGCUCCUGCUACAUCCAUUCGUGCCCAUCGUAUGUAUAGCGGACGAAAAGGAGACGAUAAGGAUAUGGAACUACGAAGAGGGGCAGACAGUGAACCAGCUGGACAAGCACACGGGGACGGAGAAGGGCGUGUCGCGAUUGUGUCUCAUGAACGAGCUUGACGACAGCUUACUCAUGGUGGCAUCGAACGACGGGGCGGUGCGCGUGUGGCGCAACUUUGCGGAGCGGGGAAAGCAGCGGCUGGCGACCGCGUUCAACGUCCUGGAGGGGCACCGGCAGAGCGCCAGGGCGGGCGGCGCCGUCGUCGACUGGCAGCAGCUCAGCGGAUGCCUCUACGCCUCUGGGGAGGUGCCGUUCCUCCACGUGUGGGACAUGGACCGGGAGAUGCUGAGCGCGAGCGUGCCCAUGCAAACGGACGCGUCCGUCGUGGCUCUGAACGCUUCCCAGGUCCAUCCAGCGCAACUGGUGGCCGGUUGCGCGGACGGGUCCGUCAAGCUGUUCGACAUGCGGACGCGAAACUCACUCGUCGGUACGGCGACCCCCCACACGCAUAAAGUCGUAGGGGUCGACUUCCAGCCCGGGGCAGAACCGACCAAGCUCGUGAGUGCGUCCGUGUGGGGCGACAUCCAGUUGCUCGACAUGCGGCGGGCGAGCCAGUCGUACUUAUCCAUCGAAGCCCACAAGGGCAGCAUGACUGCCCUCACCGUGCACAGACAUGCCCCGGUUAUGGCCAGCGGCUCCGCAAAGCAAUAUAUCAAAGUCUUCAGCAUGGCUGGAGAGCAACUCAGCAUGGUAAGGUAUCAUAACAGCUUUUUGGGGCAACGGAUAGGGCCCGUCAGUUGCCUCCAGUUCCACCCAUACCAAGUGCUUCUAGCCGCGGGCGCGACUGACUCGAUUGUAUCAAUAUACGCUGGAGAAAGUCAACGGCCGAGGUGAGACUAGGUUAGCGUGUUCGCGGGGUUGUGAAAGUCAAGUAGGGCUGUAAAUACCUAGUUUUCAGUAAGUUCGACGAGUAGGACAAUCAUUGUUCGAUCAUUAGGUUUACUCUAGGAACUGCCCAGAAUGCAAGCAAUGAUUGAAUGCGCGUCUCGCAAACUAAUGAAUGUAUAUCUGUAGCGCAGCUUGGCCGAAAUGGAACUUUACAA